AUGCUCCGGCUUCGGCGCUGCGUCCUCACCCAGCUCCUCUCGUCUCGGCCCGCCUCUCCCGUCUCCCAGCUCCGCCGCCUCAUCUCUGCCGCCGCGCCCGUCGUCUCCCCGAACCCUAGCUUCGCGGUGGAGAACUACCUCGUCGACACCUGCGGCCUCACCGGGGCCCAGGCACUCAAGGCCUCCGCCAAGCUCAACUACCUCAGGUCCCCCUCUAAUCCCGACGCCGUCCUCGCCUUCCUCGUCGGCCUCGGCCUCUCCAGCGCUCACGUCGCCGCCCUCGUCGCCAAGGACCCCAAGUUCCUCUGCGCCGGCGUGGAGAGGACCCUGGCCCCCGUCGUCCUCGGGCUCACCGGCCUCGGUCUCUCGCAUCCUGAGAUCGCGCGCCUCGUCUCGCUCGGCGGCGCCCAGUUCCGUUGUAGAUCUAUCGUCUCCAGCCUACAGUACUACCUGCACCUCUUCGGCUCCGCCGAGAAGCUCUUCCGGGCGCUCAAGUACGGCUCCUGCCUUCUCUCGUCCGACCUUGAGCUUGUGAUCAAGCCCAACGUCGCGUUCCUGGAGGAGUGCGGGCUCGGCGCUUGCGAUAUUGCCAAGCUGUGCACCUACGCGCCAUGGUUGCUUAGCACCAAGCUGGAGCGUCUCCAGGCAAUGGUCGCAUGCGCCGAAGGCAUAGGCGUGCCUCGGGGCUCCGGGAUGUUCAGGCAAGCGCUGCAGGUCGCAUUCUACGGCGAGGAGAAGAUCACAGCCAAAGUGGACCACUUGAAGAACAUGUUCAGGUGGUCGGAUGCUGAGGUGCGCAUUGCUGUUUGCAAAGCUCCAAUGGUGCUGACGUUGUCCAAGGACCUGCUGCAGAGGAAGUCAGAGUUCCUGGUCUCUGAAGUUGGGUUGGAACCGGCAUACAUUGCUCAUCGGUUGACAUUGCUCACUUACAGCCUAGAGGGCCGGCUAAGGCCCCGGUACUAUGCUGUAAAGUUUCUUAAGGAAAAUGGAUUGCUAGAUCAUGGACGAGACUACUAUGCUGCAGUUGUGCUGCGCGAGAAGGUAUUCAUGGAGAAGUUCAUAUGCCCUCACAAGAAAGCUGCACCACAACUCGCCAAAGACUAUGCAGCAGCUUGCAGAGGGGAAGUGCCGGCUAGAUUCAGAUUUACAUGA